AUGCCAGCCGAUCGAACACAUUCCAAUCAAAUUCUUCAAAACUACUUAUCACCACAAUCAACUUCAAUCAGACAAGAAUCGAUCGAAUCAUAUCAUCAUCAAACUAGACUACCACCAGCUCAAUUCGAUCAUCAUCCGAUCAUAUCAUCAUCCAAUUUAAAAUCGAAACCCAAAAGAUUAGUCAGUAGACCAUUACAACGUAAUCAAGCUUGUUCAACUUGUCGUAGUAGAAAGGUUAGAUGUGACGCUGCACGUCCAGCUUGUGGUGCAUGUUGUAGAAGUGCAGCUGCUCAUGGAGAAGAUCCAAGUAUUGUUUUGUGUCAAUAUGAAACCGAAAAUCAAGCUUCUCAAGAAGGAAUAUCUGAUCAAGAUCCACUUUUUCAAAAAACUGAAGUAGAUCAACUUAAAUCACAAACCAAUCAUCAUCAACAACAACAAUUAACAAUCAAAAUUAAUACUUUAGAAGAACAAAUCGCUGAAGUUGAAAGACAGAUAUCUGAAUUUGAUAUAACUCCAACUCGACCAAAUCCGAAUCCGAGCUCAAAUCCGAAUCCGAACCCAAAUCCGAAUCCAAUUUCUUGUAAUACAUUACCAUCUACACUUUUUCCUGAAAUUCCUUUAAAUCAAAUCACACCAGAUCAAACUACAAUCACUUAUGAAACCACCACCACUUCAAAUACCACCCUACUUUCAACAGAUUGGCCCAAAAGCUUACCACCUCGACCGAUCGUAUCUAAACUGAUUGAAAUUUAUUUAACAAAACAAAACAGAAACAGAAAUGGAAAUGGACAAAUGAUGUUUUUAGAUGGAAUCAGUUUACAAGCUUCAUUACAUUUACCACCUUUAGAUUCGAAUUUUCCAUUUGUUGGUUUAUUACAUUCGAUCAUGGCUAUCACUUUAUUAGAAGAACCAAAAGAGAAUGGAAUCGAUUGGAAAGAAAUCGGAUUUGAAGGUUAUAGGUAUUGGAAUCUACAUCAAACUGGUUCUGAAUAUCAUGCUGAGUUUGCAAAGAUUAAAAUUGAUGAAGCUAUUGAACUUAAUUGUUUUUUGUUUCAAGCGGUUCAAUCUAUGAUAAUUUAUUCAGUUUAUAAUUAUAAGAUUGCAAGUCUUGUGGAAGCUUGGGUUUAUUGUGGUCUUGCUGUUAGGUUUGCUACUAUACUUGGUUUAAAUCAUCUAGAAGAUUGUCUGGCAUAUAGAACAGGAGAGAAAUCAAGACCUAGAGUAUUAUUACCACCACCUAGAUCAUUAACUGAAAAACACCAAAGAGCACAUUCGAUAGAAGAAUCUGAUAUAUCGACUUUCUUACCAUCAAAUCAAUUGACUUCUUCUACGACUUUAACAUUCAAUGAAUUUCAAACUCAUUCACUUUCGAUUUCGAAUCCGAAUUUGUUUAAUGUCUUGAUUCAUUCUGGUCUUGAAAUUGAUGAAGUUCAAAUCGAAAUUAAAGGGUUUGUUUUGUUAGGUAGGAUAACUGAUUGGUUAAGACAUUCACCUGAUCCGAUUGGAUUUAAUUUGAAAAAGAAAUCUAAAUUACCUUUGGGUGAUAUACCUGAUUUAAGAUUUCAAAAAUCAUUUAUUAAAUUAGAAGAAGAAAUUCAAGACUUUCAAACUUCGAUCAAUCGAUUCUUACCCAACAUGAAAAACCUUCAAAGCAAAGUUUUAAUUCAAUUAAUGAUUUGUUUAAGUAAAAUCUUAUUACAUGAAUGUUUUAUGAUCAAUGGGAUUCCAGAAGAAGAUCGAUCGUUUGAGAUUUGUUGGAAUUCAUCAAACUCAAUCGUUCAAAUUGGAGAUUGGUUGAUGAGUUUAAAUGGAUUUGAUUUUAAUUCACUUCAUCCGUAA